AAUUUAAACUUUUGUUUGUUUAAGUUAAUUUUUAGAUAAAAUGAUGAUAAAAUAUUACAUUUUGACAAAACAGGAGUUGUCUUAGCAAACGAUGCAUUACAAAGUAACUGGGAAAAUGACCAAUGGAGCUGUAUUAGUGUUUCUCACUAUUUUGCAUUCUAUUUCAGCUAAAUCAGCAGGUGACACCUCAUCAGUUCCAGAUGAAUCACUCUCUUCAGAUGACAUGGAUUUUACAUCCACAUCUUGGAUCACAAAUAUGAACCCUGAUCAGACAAUUACCCGGCUAGUAGAUGAAAAUGUGUUUAUCAUAACAGCUGACAAAAAUGUUGUUUACAUAAACAGCUUUCCUGUGAAUGUCCAACUAUGGGAAGAUGCUUUGAAUGGUAAAGCAGUGAAAUUAUCAUCUAAUGGUAAAGAAGGGAUUUUGACCUCCACAGGGGAAAAUGUUUUGCUGGAUGGAAAAUCAAUUACAGAUGGGAAAAAAAUUUGCACUGAAAUUUCUUUAAAUUCUGUUCCUAGCACAGAAUAUGCAAUGACAGGCCAGUAUAUGGAUUUUUCAACAUCAGCGUGGAUGACAAAGUUAGUAGAAGGAGAAAGAGUAACUCGAAUAGUUGAUGGAAAUAUUUUUAACAUUUUAUCUGCUUCUGGUAACAAAGUAUUUAUUAAUGGGUUUCCAGUUACUGUGGCUGAUUGGGACCAGGCCUUGAAUGGGAAACAGGUUACAUUGACAUCUAAUGGAAGUCAAGCAUCCUUAAAUGUUGCUGGGAAGAAUGUGAUGUUUAAUGGCAAAUCUCUGACAGAUGGAGAAAAGAUUUCAACUCGGAUUUCUUUUGAUGCAGGCUCAAGUGUGGCAAUUGGGGGUCAAGCCAAUAUGGAUUUUAGCUCAUCAUCAUGGAUGGCGUCAAUAGCAGACAGACAAACAGUUAAAAGAACUGUUGAUGGAAAUAUUUUCACAAUAACAUCUUCUGGAAAUGUUGUUUAUAUCAAUGGAUUCCCUGUAACUGUUGAUCAAUGGCACAGAGUUCUAAAUGGUGAAAAGGUUAAACUUUCAUUCAAUGGAAAAGAGGCCAUUUUAACAUCAAUUGGAUCCAAUAUUUUGUUUAAUGGGUUAUCAAUGACUAAUGGAUCUCAGAUUUCCAACCAAGUAUCUUCAGGAGUAACAUCAAGUACAUCGUCAAAUUCAAUUAUUUCUGGACCAGAAAGUGAAACCAUGUCAACCCAGACAUCAACUAAGGGUGACACUAACCUCAGCAAUGAGUUUUCAAAUAUAGAUGUUUUGAAUCUUUCUUCAACAUCUUGGAUGGAGUCAUUAGCAGAAGGACAAACAGUUACUAGAACUGUUGAUGGAAAUGUAUUUACAAUAACAUCUUCUGGAAAUAUUGUUUACAUCAAUGGAUUCCCAGUAACCAUAGAUCAAUGGCAUCAAGUUCUCAAUGGGGCUGAAGUAAAACUUUCCUUCAAUGGCCAAGAAGCAAUCCUAACUUCAGUUGGGUCAAAUAUACUAUUCAAUGGAUUAUCCAUUACCAAUGGAACCAACAUUACAAAUCAAAUUUCAUCUGGAUCAACUGGGUCAUUUUCUGAAGCAGGUGGACAAGCUUCAUCCUCAUCAUAUAACAGCUUUGGGUAUAAUGCUUUUCCAGGAUUUAUUGACUUUUCCACAUCUGCAUGGCUGUCUUCAGUAGCAGAAGGACAAACAGUUACAAGAACUGUUGAUGGAAAUGUAUUUACAAUAACAUCUUCUGGAAAUGUUGUUUAUAUCAAUGGGUUUCCUGUUACUGUUGAUCAAUGGCAUCAAGUUCUGGAAGGAAAAAAAGUUGAACUCUCCUUUCAGGGGAAGAAAGCAAUCUUAUCCUCAAUUGGAUCAAACAUAAUGCUUAACGGGAUAUCAAUCACAAAUGGUUCAUCUAUUUCAACCAAGAUUUCCUUUGGAACAAUUCCGAGCUCAUCUACUGGAAUUGGAAAUAUUGAUUUUUCUACUCCUGAUUGGAUGUCUUCUUUAGUGGAAGGACAAACAGUUACAAGAAAUGUUGAUGGAAAUGUAUUUACAAUAACAUCUUCUGGAAAUAUGAUUUAUAUCAAUGGAUUCCCUGUUACUGUUGAUCAAUGGAAUCAAGUGCUCAGUGGAAAGGCAGUUAAACUUUCAUUCCAGGGAAAAGAAGCAACUUUAUCUUCAAUUGGAUCAAAUAUUAUGUUCAAUGGAAAUUCCAUGACAACUGGCUCAUCAAUGGCUAAUCAUGUAUCAUUUGGCCAUAGCUCAAGCUCAAACAUGAAAACAGACACAAUUUCAACAGAGAACUUAAGUCAAGGAAACUCUUGGGAAAAAUUCCAAAUACCAAGAGUGAACAUAGAUUUUGGCUCAUCACUUUGGUUGUCAUCUAUGUUUGAUGGACAACAAAUUACAAGAACUGUUGAUGGAAAUAUAUUUACAAUAACAUCUUCUGGAAAUGUUGUAUACAUAAAUGGGUUUCCUGUUACUGCUGAUCAAUGGAAUCAAGCCUUAAGUGGAAAAGAAGUUAUAUUAUCAUUCCAAGGAACAGAAGCAAUAUUGAAAGCUAUUGGAUCAAAUGUAAUGUUUAAUGGAAAAUCCUUAACAACUGGUUCAAGCAUCUCAACUCAGGUUUCUUAUGGAAAAAGUGCAAGUUCAAGUUCAAAUUUUUUCAAAGCUGGUGAUCUAGAUUUCAGCUCAUCAUCUUGGCUGUCAUCAAUGGUAGAUGGUCAGAGAAUUACAAGAACUGUUGACGGAAAUACUUUUGAAAUAGUAUCUUCUGCCAAUGUGAUUUACAUCAAUGGGUUUCCAGUCACAACAGACCAAUGGAAUCAAGUCCUGAAUGGGAAGGAAGUAAGACUAUCUUUCCAUGGAAAAGAAGCUAUUUUAUCUUCAAUUGGGUCAAAUAUAAUGUUUAACGGAAAAUCUCUGACAACUGGAAGACGUAUGUCAAAUCAGAUUUCCUAUGGUUUAUCAUCAAGUUCAAAUUCUAUGCUUACUGGAACAGGGGGUGAAUCAUUGUCCUCUCAAGUAAUUGGAGAAAACUUUGGUCAAAACUCAGGAUUCUUAAAUAAUGGUAACAUGGAUUUUAGCUCGUCAUCUUGGAUGUCAUCAAUGGUAGAUGGACAAACAGUCACAAGAAUUGUUGACGGAAAUGUAUUUACAAUAUUGUUCUCUGGAAAUGUUGUUUAUAUUAAUGGAUUUCCUGUUACUGCUGAUCAAUGGAAUCAAGCACUUAAUGGACUUGAAGUUAAACUUUCCUUCCAAGGAAAACAAGCAACUUUAUCUUCCAUAGGAUCAAAUGUGAUGUUCAAUGGAAAGUCUAUGACUAAUGGAUCAACCAUGUCAUCUCAUAGCUCAUUUGGUUCAACAUCAAGCUUAAAUACAAAUAUUUUUAGAACAGAUGGAAGAACAACAUCCUCUCAGGUUUCAUCAGGGGGCUCGUCAUCAUAUACAGGGGGUCUGGAUUUUAGCUCAUCAUCUUGGAUGUCAUCUUUAGUGGAUGGACAAACUAUAACAAGAACUGUUGAUGGAAACAUAUUUGAGAUAACAUCUUACAGAAAUAUGAUUUAUAUCAACGGGUUCCCUGUGACUGUUGAACAAUGGAAUCAAGCUCUUGCUGGGGAAACUGUAAUAAUAUUAUAUAAAGGCAAACAGGCAACCUUAGUUUUCACAGAAUCAAAUAUGUUGUUCAAUGGAAAAUCAAUCACAGAUGGUUCAAGUGUUUCCAACCAUGUUUCUUACGGAUCAAGUUCAAGUUCUUCAGGUUCAGGAUCAAGUUCAAGUUCAUCAAGAAGUUCAGGAUCAAGUUCAAGUUCUUCAAGAAGGUCAGGAUCAAGUUCAAGUUCAUCUAGAAAUACAGGAUCUUCAUCAAGUGCAGGGUUAAAGUCAAGAUCAUGGUCAUCAUCCUCUGGACCUGUUAUAGAUUUCAGCUCAUCAUCUUGGAUGUCCUCAUUAGCAGAAGGACAGACCAUAACUAGAACUGUUGAUGGAAAUGUAUUUACAAUAACAUCUUCUGGAAAUAAUGUUUACAUCAAUGGAUUUCCUGUUACUGUUGAUCAAUGGCAUCAGGUUCUGAGAGGGUCUACUGUCACAUUAAUGCUUGAUGGCAAAACUGCAGAGCUAUCUGCAUCAGGAUCAAAUAUUAUGUUUAAUGGACAAUCUUUGACAGAGGGGGGAAGUAUUUCAACUCAAAUAUCCUUCAACUCUGCAGGAAGGAGAGGUAAUAGUCAUUCAUCAUCCCAAAACUUGAGUGGAGGGCUCAGUUCACAAAAUUUACUAUCAUCAAAAACAGAUCGGAGAUAUGCAACUAAGAAUCCUAAACAAUAUUUUGAUUUAUCCAAUUCAGGAAAUAUUGAUUUCAGUUCAUCUUCUUGGAUGUCAAUAUUUCAAGAUGGCCAAAAAGUUACAAGAACUAUUGAUGGAAAUGUAUUUGUGAUAACAUCUUCCGGAAACAUGAUUUACAUCAAUGGGUUCCCUGUAACUGUUGAUCAGUGGAAUCAAGUUCUGAAUGGAAAAAAGGUCAACCUCUCUUUCCAAGGGAAAAAAGCAAGGCUCUCUUCAAUUGGGUCAAAUAUCAUGUUCAAUGGAAAAUCAAUGACAAAUGGAUCAAGAAUAUCAAAUCAGGUGUCAUUCAGUUCAACUUCAAGGGCAUCUACACCAUUUUCUAGCUCAGGGAAUUUAGAUCUUAGUUCAUCCUCGUGGAUGUCAAACCUUGCAAAAGGACAAAUAGUUACAAGAACUGUAGAUGGAAAUGUGUUCACUUUAACUUCAUCUGGAGAUAUUGGUUUUAUAAACGGGUUCCCUGUUACCAAGGAUGAAUGGGACCAAGCACUAGCUGGAAAGAAAGUAACGUUAACUUCUGUUGGGGAAAAAGCAGUGCUGUCAUCUACUGGGACCAAUAUUAUGUUCAAUGGAAAAUCUUUGACAAAAGGAAACUCUAUUUCUACUCAGAUUUCUUCCCGUUCAACUACUAAAUCAAACUCAAGGUUGGCAGGAUCAUCAUCUUCAUCCAUUAUUCUGCAGGGAGAACCAGAGGACAAAGAGGAUUUCGCUCAAAAUUCUCAUAAUGGCAACCUUCAUAGAUUAACUAAAUAAAACCGAAAAAUGUUUAUCUGUUUACACUUUGAGUGAGUAAGGUUUAGAACUGAUAGCUAUCGUUAUGAUACAAUUGGUUAAAAACAAAUAUUAUAAUAGUUUGAUAAAAGAAUAAAUACCUUACAUUAUCAUCUUUAA